UCCUGUGUUUGCGUGGGUUCUCUCCGGGUACUUCAGCUUCCUCUCACAGUCCAGAGAUGUGCAGUUAGUGGGGUUAGGUUAAUUGAAAACACUAAAUUGCCCGUAGGUGUGUUUGUGGGAGUGAGUGGUUGUCUCUGUCUAUGUGUUUGCCCUGCGACAGACUGGCAACCUGUCCAGGGUGUACCCUGCCACUCUCCCUAAGACAGUUGAGAUGGGCUGCAGCGCCUCCCGCGACCCUGAAAAGGAUAAGCGGAAGCGAAUGGAUGGAGGGUUUCUUUGUAGGGUUCUUAUCUCAUUUUAUUUAGUUUCACAUGGUUUUCUCUUUUAAAUCAUCUGUGUCGUCUGAAGGCUGAUUCUACUUGGAUGUGAUGAUGUUUGAAUCCUCAGAGUUGAUUGUAAAUGUCUUUCCUCCUCAGAGAAACACUCUGUGGAUGAACAUGGAGCUGCACUGUUGAAGAGAAUAGGAGCUCUGGAAGCUGUUAGACAGAUUCUCUUGGAAAUGCUGAAUGAAUUCAGUCAAAUGGAUCUAAAGAAAUUCAAGCAGUUGCUGCCGUUCACCUGCUUUAAGAUGGGCCUGCCACAAAUGGAGAGGUACUGGUAUAGAAACAGGACAGAAGAGCUUGUGGAUCUGAUGGUGGAUGAACUUGGUCAUCAGUCUGUGGAGGUGACCAUGGAGGUUUUAACAGACAUGAACAGACCUGAUCUGAUGCUGAAGCUGUCAGAGAGCAGCUCAGAACGAAAAACUGAAAGAAGUUCAGAGCUUGAAGGUUGUCAGAGCAUGACGCAGGACUCCAGUGAUUGGACUAAACUUGAACCUGAGGUGAACAGUACAGAUGCAGACGAGGCUCCAACUUACAGCCUUCAGUCUGCAGCAGGACACUUUGAAUGCAGAGUCUCGGGCUUGCGCUGGGUCUGUAAGGGAAAGACCAGCUUUCAGUACCAGUUUAGAUCUUGGGAGGGACACAUGGAGAGGAUGGAGAGCAGACAAUACAUGCCUGCAGGUCCUCUGAUGGACGUCACAGUCACUGCUGGGAAGUUAAAUGAAGUUCACCUGCCACACUGGAUCUGCAUCGAUGACGUCCCUGACAUAUUGGACAUGUUUGCAGUCGUUCACAUAGAUGACUGUGGAGAUGUUGUGGAAAAAGUGUCUGAGGUCACACCAUCACAUGUCAAGUUAACUGAACCGAUUUUCUCUCCGAGAGCGGUCCUGAUGAAAGUCGGCGUUCCUGUGAAAAUCAACUGUAACGUGUUGAUAUAUCAGACCAACACAGCUUUCCUCACACUGCAUGUUUAUCUGAUCCCACGUGAUCCUGGGCUACAGCAGGUUAUUACAUGUUUCACAGUAUAAGAUGGACAAUGUGCAACAAAUAAAUCAGCAGACAGUAAUAUUG